GGGAGCUACUUCUUUCCGUCCAUUAGAAUUUGACUAUUCGAACCGUUUGUGGAGGUAUUUAUGAAAGCUGUCGUUACCGUGAAGGGUUUGUGAUGAUGGCUGAUAAGAAGGAAAUAUACAGAUCUAUUGCCCGUUUCUUCGAUAAAGAGAUAAAUUCCCAUGUCUACUCUUCGGAGAUAAAUGAGGGUCUUGAAGUUGCAAAGCAGUGUAUAGAAACAGCUUUUCAUAUAUCUGAUAGUGAAAUCGGUGAUGUUCCCGAUUUACAAACAGUAUUUAAAUCUCAGUCUCAAAAAAAACCUGAUAUUCUAACAAGCGAACCCUCAGAAGAAACCAAAUCAAUGGCAGAAGCAUUAAAAAAUCAAGGCAAUCAAUGCAUGAAACAGGAGAAGUUUGGGGAAGCUGUAGCCUGCUACAGUAAAGCUAUUGAGCUGUCCCCGUACAAUGCCGUAUUUUACUGCAACAGAGCUGCCGCCCACUCUCGAUUAGAUCAUCACCAAGAUGCAAUUAAUGACUGCUUAAAGGCUUUAGAAAUCGACCCAUGUUACAGCAAAGCAUAUGGCAGAAUGGGUAUUGCCUAUUCUAGCAUUGGUAAUCACGCUAAAGCUGUUGAGUGUUAUCGGAAAGGCUUAGAGCUUGACCCAAGUAACGAGAAUUGUCAGCAAAAUCUAUCAAUUGCCGAAGAAAAAUUGAAGAAUUCAUCAGAUAAUACUCAGAGUUCAGGAUUAUUUAGUGGUUUUGACUUAAAUUCCUUUUUAAACAAUCCAAUGAUGCAGAAUAUGGCUCGGCAAUUCAUGAAUGACCCGAAUGCUCAAAAUAUGAUGACUAAUCUACUACGCAAUACAUUUGGAGUAUCAGACAAUCCAACUACAAAUAAUCCACCCCGUAAUACUGAGGCUGAUAAUUCCAACGAAUCAACAGAAUCUAGUUCACAAAGUCAUAAUCCUAGUGGUACUGGUACUAGUACUAAUGGUCAAAGUAUGGAUGAAUUUUUACGCCUUGGUCAACAACUUGCUCAACAAUUGCAAGCAUCCAAUCCACAACUUGUUAAUCACUUACGUCAAACAUUUCAUACCAAUGUUAGUGGACAAAAUUCAAAUCCGGAAAACAGUACUAAUUCCAAUGAUCAUAACAAUACAAAUUCCAAAUAAUACUUGCCAUUUUAAAUGAUAACCGGUGUUUUGUUUUGCAAACGUGUAUUAUGGCAAAACUCAGUUGUAAUUUUCCUAAAUUUAAUUUUGAAUAUGAUACUUCUUUUUGUUUCUUUUUUAGUAAACAAAAUAGGGAUGAUUGUGCUAACUAUUCAUUGUUUUUCCCCAUUUCCUUCUGAUGAAAAUCAUAUUGUGCAUGCUAUAUUGUUUUAGACUUUGUUCUUGUCUUCGCUGUGUACUUUUGUUAUUAGUUUUAAUUUUACGUAUGAACUAACGAAUAAAAGUUUUUGUGAAUCAUCGAAAAGUGGUAUAUUAUAUUUAAUAUGAUAUUUAUAGAAAAGGUUUAUUCUUAAUUGCGUGUGCAACGUGUAAUAAUCAAUAAAACUACUUCACAU